AAAGAAAAUCUGUUCCGGUAAGGAAAGGCUACACUUUGCAGGCACUAUGAAAGGCUUUCUGUCCUUUACACUCCUCGCAGUCCUUCUACUGGUGCACAGCUCCCAGGCAGUCUACGUCCAGGAUGGAGACUUGAAAUUCUCCCUUGAGUCUGUGAAGAAGCUAAAGGAGCUUAUGGAUGAGAACACACGCAUCAACCCUCGCAUGGCAGCUUUAGUGGCUAGCUCUUCUCCAUGUGAUGAAGAAGAUCUCCCUGAGGAGCUCCAAUCUGUGUGCAAAAGAGAAGAUGCAGCCAUGAUUUUUGAGAGGCUGAACCUGGCUGUGCGAGAAGCUGAUUUGUGUGAAAUCUGUGCCAAUGCUGCCUGCGCUGGCUGCUUCUGA